CCCAUCGUCAUCCUCCCUUUCCUCACCACCCACUCUCUUGCCACCAAUUCAUCUAUCAUCCUCCAUCCCUUUUAUCAUCCUCUGCCCCCCUCCGUCUUACCAUCUCCCUCUUAAGUCCUAUUAUCAAGCUUCUCUACAGCUUGCCUUUUUUUGCGCUCUUAAGCUUUCUUCAUCUUUAACCAGAAUGCGUGAAAUUAUUCAUCUCCAAACCGGACAAUGCGGUAACCAAAUUGGAACUGCUUUCUGGCAAACCAUCGGUGGAGAGCAUGGUCUUGACGGGUCUGGAGUCUAUGGAGGAACCUCUGAUAUUCAAUUGGAGCGUAUGAGUGUAUACUUCAACGAGGCUUCUGGAAGCAAGUAUGUGCCACGUGCGGUGCUCGUUGAUCUUGAGCCUGGUACCAUGGAUGCGGUUCGCUCGGGUCCUUUUGGCCAACUCUUCCGCCCUGACAACUUCGUCUUUGGUCAAUCUGGUGCUGGUAACAAUUGGGCCAAGGGUCAUUAUACUGAGGGUGCCGAACUCGUUGAUCAAGUAUUGGAUGUCGUCCGUCGUGAAGCUGAAGGAUGCGACUGCCUUCAGGGUUUCCAGAUCACUCACUCACUCGGCGGUGGCACUGGUGCCGGUAUGGGUACCUUGCUUAUUAGCAAGAUUAGGGAGGAGUUUCCCGACAGAAUGAUGUCUACCUUUUCAGUUGUUCCCAGCCCUAAGGUCAGCGAUACUGUUGUGGAACCAUAUAACGCCACUCUCUCUAUUCACCAGCUAGUUGAAAACUCUGAUGAGACUUUCUGUAUUGAUAACGAGGCUCUUUAUGAUAUCUGCAUGCGAACGCUUAAGCUUGCCGCUCCAUCCUAUGGAGAUCUCAACCAUCUUGUUUCAGCUGUCAUGUCGGGUGUCACCACUUGUCUUCGUUUCCCUGGCCAAUUGAACUCUGACCUCCGCAAACUUGCUGUCAACAUGGUUCCUUUCCCCCGUCUCCAUUUCUUCAUGGUUGGGUUCGCACCUCUCACAUCGCGUGGAGCCCACUCAUUCCGUGCUGCCACUGUUCCAGAACUCACCCAACAAAUGUUCGACCCGAGAAAUAUGAUGGCUGCUCCCGAUUUCCGUAAUGGACGCUAUCUCACCUGUGCUACUAUUUUCCGUGGAAAAGUUUCUAUGAAAGAGGUUGAGGACCAGAUGCGCAAUAUCCAGACUAAAAGCUCCAGUUAUUUUGUUGAGUGGAUCCCCAACAACGUCCAGACUGCCCUUUGCUCGAUCCCACCUAAGGGAUUGAAGAUGAGCGCUACCUUUAUCGGAAACUCUACCAGUAUCCAGGAAAUGUUCAAGCGUAUUGGUGACCAGUUUACUGUCAUGUUCAGGAGGAAAGCUUUCUUGCAUUGGUAUACUGGAGAGGGUAUGGAUGAAAUGGAGUUCACUGAGGCCGAGUCCAACAUGAAUGACCUGGUUGCUGAGUACCAGCAAUACCAAGAUGCCGGAAUCUCUGAUGAUGAGGGAGAGGCAUACGAGGAGGAGUUGCCCGCUGAUGGCGAAUGAUAUCUGAUUGAUCUGCCUCUUGACCGUGCUAGUUUAGAGCAAUAGGGGAGGAGGAUGGAAGCAUGAUCGGAGGUGGAUCUGUAUGUUUUAUUCAUUCUUACUGUAUCGGAUUUAAUAUCUAUACCCAUCUUUGUGUG